AUGGCUCUAACAGUGAUGAGUCAUGAGGGCAGUAAUGCCACAGCGUCAGUUUUCGUAAAACCUCGAAGAAGAAAGAGGACAAGUACUUCCAGAGAGGCUAAGAGCUCAGAGGUGCAGUCCCACCGUCCAUCCAUCCGUUGUCUCUCCACGGAGCCCCACACAGAGGAUGGGAACCUUAUUUACUCUGGCAGCCUGGGAAUUGCUGUUAGAGGGGUGAAGCUGUUCUCUUACACCACCAGUGGAGCCAGCCUCCUCAUCAUGCCUCAAAUCCUCCUGAAAACGGGACUAGGAAUCCAGGGCUUCGCUCUGCAGGUAGCUUUCUGUGGAUUCAUCGGGUUCUUCACCUUCCUCACCCCUGUCCUCCUCCAUGUCCUCACCAAGGGCUACGUGGUCCGUCUCUACCACGACCCUGACAGGGACACAUACACUGCCAUCACUUACAACGUCUUCCUCGCUGAAAAAAAGACUGUGUUUCACCAGAGCCAGGUCAAGGUCCCAGCCGUCAGCAAGAUGUUCACCACCUUCUAUGCCAACAAAACUGGGCUCCUUGUAAACCCGGACCUGUUCCUCAUCCCACAUGACUACAAUCACCUGAUGGGCUAUGAUAAGCCCUUCAGCUUCACUACAGAUGAAAUAGAUCAACCAGACAAGAGCUGAAAGACUGACAGCAAGUGAGUAUAAUGUUAGUGUGCUGAUCAUACCCAGUCCAAGGUGCAUCGAAUAUAUCUUCUUCUGCUAGGAGGAAACAUCCACUGACAUCAAGACCACCAAAAUCAUUUCUGUACUUCAUAUGCAUUUGUCUGUAUAUUGAUGGUUAUUUAAUGUUAAUAAAUUUAAAGCAUUGUGUUA